GUUCAUUAAUUCAGUCCAUGUGAUCUUUCUAUGCACGUGCAUUAAUCCAGCUGCAUCAUUAAUGUUAAUUAAUAAUGUUAAUCAGGGUGACAGUGUACAGUCUCUCUCUGCAGAUCGGGCCCACAGCGCCGCCCAGUGGAGGAAGGAGGCGCUGCUUCCACCUGAGCUGUAUUACGUCUCGAUGUGUCAGAGGGAGUCAGGGCGAGUCUUGACUGCAGACAUCGUCGAGUGUGCGACCAGGAUGCGCAUCAGUAUGACAAGAAACCUUCGCAUUUCUCUGAACGGUUCAUCAGUGACAACCGUGUGACAGCUGAGAUCAACACUCAAGGGAAAAGCGCACAUAUCUCAAAGAACUGACGUGACAGACGAGUUUUGAUUUUGCGUCUGGUCGACAUCGUUCUGCUCUUCAGCCACUUCAUUCUAAAAUCAAUCCUCAGCCCAGACGUGAACCUGCCAUGUCUGGGAAGGAGCGCAGCCCUCGCCAUCGGCCAUGGUCGGUCUACCGGGCCAACACAUUUGAUCUCUCAGCUGAGAUGAUGGGGUUGGCGUUGUCAGGAAACAGUCAGGAUCCAGAUGAGCCUGUGCUGGAGUUCAGUGUGGCCUGCAGUGAGCUGGUUACUCCCACUAUGGAACGUAAGCCAACCAGCUUCGUGGCUGUCAGCUGCACCACUCCGCCGCAGGCCUUCUGGACCAAGCACGCUCAAACUGAAAUUAUAGAGGGGACCAGUAACCCUAUCUUCCUGAGCAGUAUAGCGUUCUUUCAGGACUCUCUGAUCACCCAGCAGACUCAGGUCAAACUUUCUGUCUAUGAUGUGAAGGACCGUUCCCAGGGCACGAUGUACAUGCUUGGUUCGGCCAUGUUUUCUGUGAAGGAACUGCUGCAGGACAAACACCACAGACUGCACCUGACUCUCAGGUCAGCGGAGAAUGAGCGUGUGGGGAACAUCACUGUGAUUGCCUGGCAGAUAGAGGAGAAGCGUGAGCAGAGAGCUCCUGUUGCAAGAUUACAGAGAGCAGACACCGUUAAUGGAAGGAUGGUUCUCCCUGUUGAUGAAAGUCUGACUGAAUCCGUGAGCAUUAAAUCCAAGUCUUCAUCUCUGUGUAAAGACCCACUGCUGAAGGCUGUGUUUGGAGGCGUCAUGUCGCGGACGUAUCGUUUCCCCACCACGGAUGGCAACCACCUGCGGGUCCUGGAGCAGAUGGCAGAGAGCGUGCUCUCCCUGCACAUUCCUCGACAGUAUGUCAAACUGUUGCUGGAGGAAGAUGCUGUCAGGGUGUGUGAGCUGGAGGAGCUGGGUGAACUGUCGCCAUGUUGGGAGAACCUCAGGAGGCAGAUCAUCACUCAGUACCAGACCAUCAUCCUUACCUACCAGGAGACCAUCAGUGACCUGCACGAAUAUAAAGGUCCCUCAUUUAAGUCUAGUACACUGAAAGCUGAGAGGAAGUUGGAGUUUAUUCCUACUAACCUGCACAUCCAGAGGAUGAGAGUACAGGGGGAAUCUGGCUAUGACCGAACAUACGAUGUUGUGACUAUCGGUGCUCCUGCAGCGCACCAUCAAGGCUUUAAAGGCUGUGGUCUCCGAAAACUGUUGCACAAGCUUGAAGAAGCCAGAAAAAACUCCGCUGGCUCUGCUGGCUCUGGCCCUAAAGGAAUGGCGUAUCAGCCUCAGGAUGUCGUGAAAGCGAAGGAGCUAAUCGGUCAAAUUAACACUCUGAAGACACAAGUGUGUUACUACACAGAGCGUCUGUCCCGAGCAGCCAAGGAUCGCUCAGCUAAUGCUCUGGAGAGAACGCUGGCCAUCCUUACAGAGAAAACUCGUCAGUUGGUGACGGUGUGCGAUUCCAAGCUGCUGUCCACAGCCAUCCUCGCCCUGGCAGCCGCCCGCCCAGAGUUCACUCAGCAAAGCACCCCGUCCCCGUCCUCCUCCUCCCUCUCACCCUCCUCUCGCUCCCCAUCCCGCUCACCCUCCCGCCACCCAACCUCCCCGUCUCGUGCUGCCACCUCGCCCUCUCGCCACGUGACUCUCCCAGAGGGCAGCGAGGCGAGUAAAAGCAAGCGCGCCUCCUUGCAGGCAGAUUUGCACGAGGAGGAGUGGGAGAAGGUUUGGCUAAAUGUUGAUAAGAGCCUGGAGUGCGUGAUCCAGAGGGUGGACAGGCUGCUGCAGCGAGACAAAAUCCAGAGCGACAGCAGCUCUGAGGACGUCUUCCUGCUCGCCAACGAGGAUCCGAAAAACACCAAGAAAGGUAUCCAUAGUAACCAAAAAGCUUCCUGGAUACAUUCCGAACAUAAAGACAAGGGUUUACCAUCAUCAUCAGCAUCGUCAUCAUCACAUCAUCUUCUUUUAUCAUCACCACAAAAUCAUCAACCAUCAUCAUCAUCAUCAUCAUCAUCAUUCUCUCACCAGACUCCUGCAUACCUUUCACGUCACAUCUAUAGCAGUCCAGAGGUAGAAAAGACGUCUCCAGGUGAGUGGAGCGAUGCUCUCUACCCUCUUCUCACCACGCUAACGGACUGUGCGUCUCUGAUGAGCGAUAAAGCCAAGAAGGCCAUGGUGUUUCUGCUAAUGCAGGACAGCGCCCCCACCAUCGCCAUGAGCCUCACCCUGCAGUACCGCCGUGACGUUGUCUUCUGCCAGACGCUGACGGCUCUGAUCUGCGGCUUCACUCUCAAGCUGAGGAACUGUCUCUGUGACUCAGGCUUCCUCAGGCAGCUACACACCAUUGGCUUACUGGUGCAGUACGAGGGCCUGCUCAGCACCUACGGUGAGGAGUUGGCCAUGCUGGAGGACAUGAGUGUCGGGGUGAUGGACCUGAGAAAUGUCACCUUUAAAGUUACCCAAGCAACCUCGGGUUUCGGGCCGGACAUGCUGCCGGUGAUCACAGGAAACAGGAACGGUUUUAACGUCAGGGUUCCGAUGCCUGGGGUGAUGUUUGACACGCUGCCACGGGAGAUCCAGAACGGGAUGCUGCUGCGUGUGCAGCCGGUCCUGUUUAAUGUGGGGAUCAACGAACAGCAAACGCUGGCUGAGAAGUUUGGAGACACGUCGUUGCAGGAAGUGAUCAACAUGGAGAGCUUGGCUCGCCUCAGCUCGUACUACGACCAGUUUAAAGAGGUCCUGCCAGAAGACUGCCUGCCUCGCUCCCGCAGCACCACCAGUCUGCCCGAGCUGUUCAAGCUGCUGAGCCAGAACGUGAACGCCAAGAAAAGCAAGAACGUGGAGAUUUUGUGGCAGGCAGCUGAGAUAUGCCGCCGGUUGAACGGAGUGCGUUUCACCAGCUGUAAGAGCGCCAAGGACCGCACAGCCAUGUCUCUGACCCUGGAGCAGUGUCAGAUCCUGCAGCAGGAGCACGCUCUCGCCCCACAGGUCUUCUACCAGGCCCUGGACUGCAUGCGCAGUGAGGGCUGCAGGAGAGAGAACACCAUGAAGAACGUGGGAUGUCGUAAAUACGCCUUUAACUCCCUCCAGCUCAAGGCCUUCCCCAAACAAUAUCGCCCUCCGGAGGGGACUUACGGGAAAGUUGAGACCUAAAUGGACUACUCUAUCUGGAACUAAAAGACUGAAGGAGAUACUGAUGACAGCACCACGCAAACAAAUAUACCAUCACAAACUGAAACAACUGUUGUUGUGCUUAAUCACUGUUAAGAAGAUUAAUGUCCAAGUGCCAGUGCUACUGUAGAUUGUUUUAUAGCAGUUUCCCCUCUCCUCUCAGUAGUACUAGAAUCACACACUUUUCACAGCCAGUUCACAGCCAAAAUCAGUAAAGAUACGGCGUUCUGUGUUAAAUUGUAGCCAGCGUGCAGACAAUGUUGGCUGCUGUGCCAGUAGUAGCAUCUGGAAGCGUACAGCCACUCUGGAUCAUUUAAACUUUUGUCCCUAGAAUAAGACGUGCAAAUGUGUUCUUUACAAAGAUGAAGCAACUCACAUAUUUGUAUUUGUCUCAGCUGUGAUUAUUUGAUGUUAUCAGUUUGUCAGUUAAAGGAUAAAGGCUGCUGAUAUAUUUUUCAUAUUGAUGACAAAUCCCAUGAAAAGACCAAAACCAACAAUCAAUUGAUCCUACUAACAAGUGUUGUCCAUGUAAAGUCUGAUAUAGCUUAUUUUUCUCCUCAAAAAAACCAUAAAUGAGCCACUCUGUUGCACUGGGUAACCAACUAGUGCACAAAAUGUGUAUUAAUCCGCUGCUGAAAAUAAAAAAUAGUCCCCCAAAAAUGCUACUUCUCUUUGACAUUUGUUAAAACCUACAGUGCCCAGCUUUUUUUUUUCUUUUAAGGAAUAGCGUCUCAAGUAUGAAAAAAUGGGUAUGAGUGAAACUAACAGGGAAGUCAGGCUGUAUCAAGAGACGGACGAACACAUUGUUGGUCUUCUCAUGGAAUUUGUUGACAACAAGAAAACUAUAACGGCAGUCUUAUCCCUUAAGGCUACAUUAGGCAAAAAUUUUUAUGUACAGUAGGAUCUACUCUUUUUCACCCUAAAACACAAACUGAAGCUGCACUGAGAUCCACAGAUUCAAAUGUUGAACAUGAUCAGUACUACAAGAAGUGACUAAUUAAAACUUAUGAUAAGAGCCAAACAAGAAAUUGUCCUCAACCAGCAGCGUGUAAAGUUGCCAAGUGAAGCUUUAAAUCCACACUAAGCAACACAACAGAUGAUCAGCUUUAUCAAAACAAAUAUCUUUGCCUGUUGAGAUAUUUCUCUGGACCUAAACUGCACUGCAGGAUGACAGCUUUAACAUGAUGUUAAAGUCAAAGCACUUACUUGUUUAUUUCAGUGCUUAAUGCCUGUUGUCUGUCUCCUUCCCGCUGUCUCACUUGUCAUUUCAUCUUCUUUCUCACAUAAAUAUUCAACACAAUAUUACUCUGUACAACAAGCACAGAUCUUUUAGAAGUAUAAAUCUGACACUACUCUCAUUUUUAUUGCAGUGAUCAUCUAAUGUCAUUUCAGAGGUUCCUCUGGUGCUACACUGGAAGCAUUGAUGGGGAACGCAAAUUGUGUUGUUUUUUUUUAAUAUAUAUAUAUUUAAGACAUUUCUGCAGGAUUAUAUGCAGCACUAUAUUGGUUUGAUGGCCCUUUAAACUUGGGUUUGACAACACUCAGUUGAAUUAUGCAGAACUUUGUGAUUGAAAUUGGACGAGGAUUUCAUUAUUUUAACCUGCAUGAAGAUCAAAAAACAAACUGCUGCUUCAUACUAUUGUAAAUGUAUACUGUUGCAAUUAGGAGAACCCAUGAGCACUUGACAGUGAAAUAAUGCACAUUGCAUUAUUAUACCAACCAUCAACGACACCUCUUCUGUUGUCAGUUUACCAGCUCCGAUGUACCUUACUGUACAAUACUUAUUUUGUAAAUGUUAAUUUGCUUACAGGUAUUUAUGUUGAUAUGGCUGGUGUCAUAGUUUUAUCCAUUGUUAUUAAGUUAUUACCAGUUGUACAUGCACACAGGUUGAACAGGGGAGUUUGGGAGAUGCCUGCACCCCCACACAGGUAUGAGCUGAAACUGGAUCAUGAAUAAAGGCUUCUGAAUGCCAAACAAUUCUGCAGUUACACAUAAAUGACACAUUCAGUUUUCUUUCACUAGAAUUAUAUCCUGUAAGUGUGUGGAAACAUCUGAAACAGUAUUUAGGUCACCAUGUAGAACAUUUAUGGAACAUGUAACUGAACAGUUAAACAUUCACUGGCUUUUUUAUUGACCUCUGUCUCUCUCUCUUUCUCAAACUGAGUUUCUGAUUGUCCAGUGAGUCAGUUCAGUUUAUGUUGCUGUUUUUUAUGAGGCGGUGUUUUCUUGAUUUUAUUACAUUUCUUUAAAAUACAUACACAAAUACAUACACAUACAUACUAUGGAUGGAUAACAGAAUACUGCUCUUUUAAUACAUCACUGGACGAACUCCUUUAGAGUGUUUGUUGAUUGAUAACCCUCUCUGGCUUUAAAAAUUACAUAUGUUAGACCCGGUGUUAUGGGCGAGCCCCGAGGAGCCAGGUCCGCCAAUCUAGGAAUCUGCCCUGUGAAACGGCCCACAAGGCUCGGGGAAAAAUAAAAUAAAAAUCACAGGAGGAAAAAAAAUCCUACUUGUUUGUCACAGUCUAUGCUGUUUAUAUGUUUAGAAUGAAGUGACAUCUGUCAUCCGUUUUAGUACCCUUGCUUCUAAGCGAAACCGGAAGUGGCAUGAUAUUUCGCGUCAUGUUUCACUUUUCGUCGUCUGUCCCGUCGUAUCUUUUUGUCUCUAAUAAGCUUGUUUAACCCUCUGAGCUUCAGUUCUUGGUUGUAACUAACUGUUAUUCAGAGUUUCUUACCAUCCAGCGGCUGUUUGUUGGCGUGUGUCGCCGGAGCGAGAAGUCCGAAAGCGGCUAGCUGUAGUUAGCAUGCUGGAGCUAACAAUCAAAACAACUUAUAUUAAAACGGGAGUUGUGCUUGAUUUAGGCUACAUGUCAUUGUAAGAGCCCUGGACUCUACCGCUUUAAUCAAGGGCUUUGCCACGCGUAAAACCAGGAGGAAAACGUUUUGAAGGUUGUUUGCAGCUGACCGUCGUUGGUUCCAGUCUGUGAAAGGAAGAAGUCCUCCAGCCAGCGCACAGUACAGUUUGUCUCGUUCAC